AUCUUCAACUCCCUUCUGUACACUUACACAACCCUCACAGCCUCCAUUGACCCCGGCGGCCAAAGAAAGUUCUAUUAUAUCCAGGCUAUAUCUGCCACAACAUAUCCUCCAAGUCUCUCCCCACGAUCUGCCUUUCUUUCCUCACACCCACCCGCCCCUCCGACUUCGGGAAACCCCUCUACCCGCAUAAUCAUGUCGGCCCUCAUCGAAGUCGCCUCGGAGACCGACUUCACGUCGCACCUGAACUCGCUGUCCCCAUCCGCGCUACUAGUUCUCUACUUCCACACGCCAUGGGCCGCACCAUGCACGCAGAUGCGCGCCGUCCUCGAGGCCAUCGCCGGCCAAUACCCCGCCGCCUCCCCGCCGGUUAUCUCGUUUGUCAGCAUCAAUGCGGAGGAGCUGCCCGAUAUCUCCGAGGAGCUCGACGUCACAGCAGUCCCCUUCGUUGUGCUGAUGCGCGGUGGUCAGAGGCUGGAGGAUAUUAGCGGAAGCGACGCUGUCAAGGUCCGCACUGCUAUUGAGCGUCACGCGGGUGGCGCUGCGCCCGCGGACGGCGCGAAGACUAGCAUCCCCGCUGCCCUCUCUGCUACACCCCGCGAGAAUGGCCCUGAGGUUGCGACGCAGGCACCUGCUGCUGCGUCUAAUGCGCCCGAGCCUGCUGCCAAUGCGAUUGACGUUUCGGCUACCCCAGCUCUGACUCCCGAGCAGUCGAAGGAGGCUUUGUGGGCCCGUCUGGAACAGCUUGUUAAGGCCGCACCCGUUAUGCUGUUUAUGAAGGGUACACCCAGCUCACCGCAGUGUGGCUUCAGCCGGCAGCUUGUUGGAAUUCUGCGUGAGCGAAGCGUUAAGUAUGGCUUCUUCAAUAUUUUGGCCGAUGAGGAUGUGCGUCAGGGUCUGAAGGAGUAUGCCGAUUGGCCCACUUUCCCCCAGUUGUGGGUUAGCGGCGAGUUGGUUGGUGGACUGGAUAUCGUCCGUGACGAGAUCGAAAACGACCCCAGCUUCCUGGACCAGUUCUCGGUCAACAAGCAGUCUUAAAUGGUCGGUCCCAGCAUGAUACCCCCAUGACCUACCCUCGGGGGCCGAAUAUUGAAAAAAAGAACAAUUCUAUGAUGAUACACGUUUGUGCUUGAUAUGAGAAAAGCCUUUCGAUUUCAAGCAUAUGUAUUUCUCUACUUUAAAAUUUAUGCAUUCAAACCCUGGAACUUCUACC